ACCACGCGGAAAAUCGAAGCGUGAGAUGUACGUGCGAUGUUAUGUAUGUUUUCAUAAACGUAUCUGGGUUUCUUUGUAUUGUAAAAACGUAAAGCGUUGCAAACAUUACACCAAAUAGUAUCGUGUAAAAAAAUCUGUUUAUUCGACAAAUACUGGAUGUACUUUACAGUUAGGUGAAGUGAUGUUUUUAUUGCCUUAUUACAGCUUAGAGUUAGAGGUUAAGUUAUACUAUACUAUAAGUGUAAGACGUUAACGCGGAGUACAACAUAGCUGGAUUUGUCAAAUACUUCGAAAGAUUCAUUGUAUUCUACCUUGGAAAAAACACAGUGAAGCAAAGAUUGAACCUCAGCGAAACCCCAAGAAUAGCGUCUCUACUUUUUUUGUAUCUGGACGAAACCUCUCUGGGGCACUAUAUCCCAAAAACCUGCAAACUCUUGAAGUUCUGGUGAUUACCAUCUUUUUCUCACCGUUGUUGUUUUACUAGUGUAGACACAUCCCUGUGUCAACACAGUUUUAACAGGCUACCCCAACAUUGGUCUUGCCCAUAAUUGUCACAGAAGACUUUGACAAGAUGGACACUCCUGAAGAAUCAUCAUCUAGUAAAACCAAAAGCCACGACCGCACUCGAUCUCUUUCUGGAGGAACAUCCAAGAUGGCCACCCUCCGAGAGGCUCUAACCCACAAUCGAAUGAGGCGACCCUCUGGUGACGAUGUUCUGUCAGCAAUUACUCCGGCACGGAAAGCCGCCAUAUUUGAAACGUUCCGUCCUCGCUCUAAAUCAGAUAGCAAACGUCAAAGACCAACGAUUAUAUCAACAAUAAAAAACUCUGUGCAACAAACAUUUUCUUCCUCCUCCUCAACAGGGAGCAGUAGUUCAACAAAAUCGCCAACACAGACUGCAUCCCAAUUACAAUCUUCAUGUGGUCCUGCUAACACGGCAAAUCAGUUAGAUCCUUUCUCACAAGGGGAUUUUCGACGACCAAGAUCUGGAUCCGAUAGUAAGGGUGGACCCGUGUCCAAAGUAAUGGAAAUGUUUCGGCACAGAUCCCACUCCAUUUCCACUGACAUCACUUCUAAGAGAUUCAGUUCGAACAGUGGAGGAUCAUUAUCAGGUGUCUUUAUGAGACGACAUUCUGUUGAUCCAGACAGAAGAAGAGGAUCGGUGGGUCGAAGGUCACUGGAUGGUUGUGAUCACCACACCAUUUUGAUACGCCGGACUGACUCUCGUGGACUUUCAAGUGAUCCACUUUAUGACAAAAUAGAUAUAGAAGACUUGGAAGAAGAUGAAGAUCUGAUAUAUUUGAAAUUUUUCCAACAUUUUCGCUGCUAUGAUAUCAUUCCUAUAAGUGCCAAGUUGGUUGUGUUUGACACCCAGUUACUGGUUAAAAAAGCUUUUUUUGCUCUUGUGGACAAUGGAGUCAGAGCUGCACCACUCUGGGACAGCAUUAAUCAAGAAUAUAUAGGUAUAUUAACCAUCACAGACUUUAUCCACAUUCUCAGGACUUACUACAAGUCUCCUUUGGUAAGAAUGGAGGAAUUAGAAGAGCACAAACUAGAGACAUGGAGAAAUGUCCUCAAAGAGAAGGUAAAGCCAUUUGUUAGCAUUGGACCAGAUGCAAGUUUGUAUGAAGCUAUCAAGCAGUUGAUUCAUGGAAAGAUUCAUCGACUCCCAGUGAUUGACCCUCAAACUGGAAAUGCAUUGUUCAUCCUGACCCACAAGAGGAUUCUUAAGUUCCUCUUUCUGUAUUUUUCUGAGCUUCCAAAACCAAGUUACCUCAACCAAUCCUUGCAAGAACUCCAAGUGGGAACUUUUGAUGACAUAGCAACAGCAAAGGAAGAUACUCCUGUGAUUACUGUACUCAACCAGUUCAUAGAGAGGAGAGUGUCAGCUUUGCCAAUCAUUAAUGAACAGAAGAAAGUGGUGGACAUCUAUGCCAAGUUUGAUGUUAUUCAUCUUGCAGCUGAGAAAGCCUACAAUAACCUAGACAUUACUGUAAAGAAAGCACUAGAACACCGAGACCAGUGGUUUGAAGGAGUAUUGAAAUGUAAAGCUGAUGACACACUGGGUUAUGUAGUGGAGACACUUGUCAAAGCUGAGGUUCAUCGACUAGUUAUGGUUGAUGAUGAUGAUCAUGUUGUUGGAGUUGUUUCUCUUUCUGACAUUUUGAAAUUCCUCGUCUUAAGGCCAGCAGGUGAAGAAUAUCCUAGAGUAGUAGAUAAAGAGGACCCACAAGAAGAAGUAAUCCUCAGCAAAACCUUUGAAGAAGUAACCCUCAAUGAAGACCCACAACAAGAAGUAACUCUAAAUGAGGAACACAUUCAUAACUAAGGGGAAUGAAUAGUCAUAGCUCCAUAAGAGUUGAGUUGUAGAGAUGAUUUGUUAUCACUAUGAUCAUUAAAAGUGCUUCACUGAGUUUUACAAUAAUUUAGACACCAAAUCUAGUGCUGAAGGAGAAUUGGCUAACAGUGGAUCAUGAUUUAGUAGUUACAAGAAAUAUGUAAGCAGAGGUUCACACUGCCAUGAACCAUGUAUUGAAAGAUGUUUAUGGAUUGUAUUUAGUAACCUAAUAUUAAAAAUGUUUAAUAUGAAAACCAAACAUGUUUUUUGGAUACAAUUUAAGAUUAAGAAAAUUAAUAUCUAAUAGUUCUUUACAUUUCCAUAAAAGAUGGCUAGACAUUGUUGUCUCAUGUACCGUAAAAUGUACACUUCAAGCAUCUAACUGAAAAUGAUAUAGUAAAAUAUAAAUAUUCAGAAUAUUCAAAAAUUAAAUAGUCUCGGCAUAUAAAAAUUGUUGUGUAAAUAUACCUAUUACCAUUAAAAAAAAAAUCGUUUGUUUGUUCAUAAACUGGUGCAUAGUGAGGAAAGAGUAAUGUUGCAGUGUGUGUAAAGAAAACCAUUAAUUGUACUAACGUCAAAUGUUUUCAGCAAGCUUUACAAAAUUAAAUGUGAUUGUCUGAAAAUAGAGGCUAGUUUAAUUUAAUGGUGUAAGGUCCUCAUGUUUGACAUCAUCAAGGGAACAACAUUGGUCAACUAUUCUUUAUUUUGUGCGUGUAAAAUUCUUUACACUUUCUGGCUGUAGCCCAAGCUUUUCUUAUUUUUUAUAUAAAGGAAUUAAAAAUUGUUAAAUUGGGAUUCAGGUUAAUGGUAGUUCGAUUUUUCUUUAAGUAUUGUCUUAUUAUUGAUCAUUUUAUGAAACAAAAAGUAUAAAUAUUUGUAAAUGUUAUACACACAUACUGUAUAUUUACUUAUGCUGGUCUAACAAAGCAUACAGAAAAUUAGUAUGUAACUUGUUUAAAAACAAAAAAUUAGUUUUGGAAAAGUGAAUGUUUUAAUCUCAAGUGAAACUGCAGUUAAAUGGCAUAUACUCAAGUAAUUUUACGUAUAAAUUUUUAGUUUGACAAAACUGUCUAAUUUUAAAACAUAAUUUUCCACUCACAUUUUGCUUUGAUUUUAUUUUUACCUUCAGGCUCUGUUUAACUUUAUAAUAAUUAUGUAAAGAAAUAUUGACAUCACAACUGUUUGAGUGUAUAUACAUCUAUAGAAGUUCUUAAAGUUUGAUAUGAAUAUAUUGAUACACCCUAGUUAACUUAAUUUACUUAAGAGCAAGCUUUCCCACCCUAGAUAUUCCUGUCUUCCUCUUAACAGAUUCUUAUCAUGCCCUUGUUAGUUUACUCAACCACUGAAAUUCGUUAUCAGUUAAGUAAAUGUUUUCUGUAACAUCCUUGGCCAUGUAUCUACUUGUAAUUGUUUAGUAUAUGUAAGAGUUUUCAGUUACAUGCUGAAUAGUUUCUUUAUUUGUUGGAGUUAGUCCAUUUUUUGCUUAUAUACUCUGUCAUUGUUUCACAAAUUUUUCUUCAUAAAUACUUAAAAAGCAGACAGUGAUUGAAUUUUCAGUUGCUUGUAAUGUUCAAUUUAUUACUCUAAUGUGUCUUAUUUUAAUUGUUUAAAAAUGGCUAUAGGAAAGUGAAUUUGUUUUUGUGGAACUCUGCCAGUUCACUUCCAAUGGAUUAGUGUGCUGUGAUGUAUCCUUUUGGAAACAUUGCCCUAGGAAGUUGAUUAAACAAAAUUUAACUAACUACUUCAUAGAUUUGUUUUAGGUUUGGCACAAAGGUUAUAUUGUUAUUAGUGCUCACCAGUAAGCCAGAGGGCUUAUAAUGCUUUAGGCAGAGCACAAAUAGCCAAUUCAUUAUGUAGCUUUGUGCUCAACAACAAAUAAAUCCACAUCUUAUUAUGAAGUAGUGUUUCACAACUACUUUUCACUCCUAACCAUUGUAACAUACUGACAUUUUAUGUGUACUAGAACAUACAAUCAAUAUAGUUUGUUAUUAUUAUGUUAAAAUCUAAUCUUAUUGUUAUGAUUUGUUUAUGGCUAAUUUUUCAUUUUCUUUUUAUUUAAGAAAAACAUAAAAAUAGGUUUUAAUGACAAGUGAAUUAUUUUGUUAAAUAUUAAAAGAAGCUAUUUCUGCAUAAGCCUAGAGACAUUUUGCACUUAGUCAUGUUAACUCUGCAAAUAUAAAAUAUAAGAAAAUACUUAUUCAAAAGCAUAGUUAUUAUAUAUCAUUUAUUCUUCAGAAACUAUAUUAUUUACAUCACAAUUGUAAUUCAAACUGAGAAUCAGUAAAUCUGUAUACCUUGUUUGGUUGAGAUCUUCUUAAAAUUCUUCCUGGUUGGUGGAACUAGCAUGUUGAAACUUGAAUUGUAGACAUUAAUGUGAGGUUCUGGUGUUUGCUGAAAUACCAUUUCAUAUAAUUUUGUGCUCACUGACAGAUCAGGACCGACUGUAUGAUUUUAAUGUAAAUAUUAAUCAUUCAGUAUACUUAGAUCUCUACAUUACUUUAUCAUGUUAACAAGACAUACUCUAACUGAAGUGUAUUAAACAUGUUUUAGGAUUGAGGUUUUGUUAAAGAAAAAAAAAAUUUACAAGCAUGCAUUUGUACACUUUAUUCAUUCCAACAAUAGAGUAAAUGUUUGUAACGUGUACAGAUGUUCAAAAAUCGAAGUACAAAGAUAUCUAAAAAUUAUUUCUGGUGCAAAAUAUUUGUUGAGAUUUGUUUUUCAUUUAUCAUCUGUAUUUUGCUCAAAAAUAAGAAGGUAAAUGAAAAAAAUUGCCUUUACUUACAUGUUGAAGUUUUGUUAGUCAAGUUUUUGUUUGUUGAAUCAUUGUAAUCCAUCAGAUUUGCAAAGAAUUUGAAUAAAAAGAAUCUAGACAGUCAUUUUGCAUAUUUUAAAUAUAAUGAAGCAUAAAGUUAUUAGUUUUCCUUUAAGUAACAAUAAAUUUUUGGAGAAUAAUGAUGCUUUGAUUUCUCUGUAAUCUGUCCAGGAGUAGAAGUAAGUUUGAAAAAAUACUUUUGCCUAUUUAUUCUUUUCUAAUUUUGUACAGAAUAAUGAACUUAAGAGCAAGACUUUACAGAAAGUUAGUCACACUGAACAAGAACACAUUCCAUCCUACCCUUGGAAUUAACUACUACUUCCAUUGUUGUUGUGCUCAUUCUGCUUGACACCACCAUUAUAACCAUCUUUACAAGGGUCUAUUAGAUGAAACUUAGACUAUACAUCUCAACAGACAUUUCACAAACCUUCCAGUAUACAAGAGUCGAGUAUUGGGUUGCAAAGCCACACAAGUCUACUGCGGUUGUAACAGGAGCCUCGACAGGUAAGUGGUGAAAUAUAAUUGCUAUGCUUCCAGCCUCUUUUAUAGGAAAGCAGCCUUUGAUUUUGAGGUGCAGUUGGAAGCUUGUGAAAGUUUGAUUUGUGAAUCUUUGUUCAUUUCAUACCCUUACUUAUUAUCUUCUUAAUGGUACUAGAAUAUUUGGCCAGCUUCAUCACAUUAUUUCUGAAGUCGGAGGAUUCUCUUUCAUAAUCAUAGUCUUCACGUUUUCCCUCACCACUUCAAGAUUAGCUGUAAUCAACUGCUUUUGAACUAUGAAAUUAAGGGACUUGCUCAAUGGUACAAUCUGGUAACAUCAUCACUAAGUUCCCCUCAGGGGAUAGCUAAAUAUAGCCAGUACUUCACUGUGCCAUGGUCCUUCCUACUAUUUUGGAUGUGAUCAGUUGUAUGUUACUCACAGCUACUGGAUGUAAAAAGGUUUGUUCUAUAUUAAAUUAUUAGAGUUAUUUACUGUUAGAUAAUGCAAUUGAUUUAAAAGGUUUACUUAGAAACUACCAUGUUAACAUCAUAGCCAUUCACACUCAGAAAAGUAUUGUUAUGUGUUGACAUACGUGGAAAAUCUAGUUAAGUAAGUUAGCAUUAGCCCUAGGUGUGUGCUGAUUGGUUCAUUGUGAUUUGAAAAUUACAAUUUUAUUGCAUUGAAGUGAUGUGUGGAAAAUUAUGAGAUUUAGGGUAAUAAAAACACACAUUUGGCUGAA